AUGGACAUUGUCUCUACUGGAGAGAGGAUUGAAACAGCCAUCAAAGUAGGGAGAACUAAAAGUAUUAGUACAGAGAAUGGCCUAGGCAAGAAGUGGACAAGCAAGAAGAAGGAAGAAGAGGUUCAGAUGGUUCAAAGACAACAAUAUCAAAGAGAGCAUGGCCCAGGGGCUAGGAGGAAUUUUGCUUUCGAACCCUCUGUCAAUCAGACAGUUCAUACAGGAGGUAGACCCCAAGUUGUUCCUUCCAGGACCAUGCCUACCCAACCAAAUGUGCGAACUCAUGAUAGAGGCAUCCAGAGAAAUACGAGAAGGAUAGAUCCUAUUCCAAUGACAUACUCAGAAUUAUUCCCACAAUUGAUGGAAAGGAACUUAGUUUCAGUCAUUCCUGGAAUGGUCAUUACGGCACCUUAUCCGCAAUGGUAUGACCCCGAAGCCAAGUGUGCAUACGCUAACACUCCCGGGCACACUAUUGAACAAGAAGGGAUGAACGAGGUGGAUUUUGAACAAAUGUCUUUAGAUUGGGUGUUCAAUGAACUUAUUGCGGCAGGUCGGAUAGGGCAAGAGGCUGUUUGCCCCACUAAUGCACUUUGUUUAUGUCAGAGCAAAGAAGGAAGAUCGGUGAAAAAGUGUGUUACUUUUAGAAUGUUUUUGCAAAAGAUGGUGGAUAACAAGUUUAUAGAGAUCAGUUGUACCCACAAAAUUGGAGAAAUUGUAGUCGUUGGGGAAAACAGACCAGUAUAUCACCAGUGGACUAAUCAACCAUUCAUACCUACCAUGAACAAGGCUCUUCCCACACAGGAAGCGCCAGCUCGCUUGGUGAUCUCUACUCCCAGGCCAUUCCCAUACAAGAGUAACCAAGCAGUACCCUGGAAAUAUGAAUGUGAAGCGUAUAUCGAAGGAAGCACCAGCAAUAUAGCAGGGGUAAAAGGGAUAACUCGAAGUGGUAGGGUGUAUAUGCCAGAUUCUUCUAAAACAAAUCGACAGAAUGCAGGGGAACCAGACAGGGCAGUGAAAAGUCCAAUAUCCAAUGGAGAGGCCGAAGAAUUCCUGAAGAUAAUAAAGCACAGCGAGUACAACAUUGUGGACCAACUAAAGAAAAUGCCUGCUCACAUAUCUGUUUUGUCACUUCUACUAAAUUCAGAGACCCAUCGGGAGGCGUUACUUAAAGUUCUAAAUCAAGCCUACAUUCCCCAUGAUAUCAGCGUUGAUAAAUUCAAUCAUGUGAUCGGAAGUCUGGCAGCCUCCAACUACAUCACUUUUACUGAUGAAGAAAUUCCACCAGAAGGCCAGGGGCACAACAAGGCGCUGCAUAUAUCCACCAAAUGUAAGGAUCAUAUGAUGUCUUGA